AUGCAGAGAAUAUGCGGGAUCGUCAUGAAGCAUCGGUAUAAUCGAGAUAUAGGACGGGUCGGUGGUCUAUUAAACCGCAACGAAUGUACAACGACGCGUGUUAAAUCGCCAUUUUUCGCUUUUAAAUACCACCUGCACGCAGCUUUACUUCUAUUGGUUGUAUCAUCGGUCACGAACUCACGCAUGGCAUUGAUAACUCUGGAAGAUACUACGCUGGUGACGGUAUCUUGCGGAACUGAUGGAGCAACGACACAGCAAACAAGUUUUGAUGAAGCAAUACAAUAG